GGCAAGUAAGAUAUGCUGUUGACGAAGAGGAUCUAAUAUGUUGGUUCAUUUCUGGUUUGAAAGAAUUAUGUCGUAGCAAGGUUAUGGCAUUAAGUCUCACGUCAUUUGAAGCAGCAAAGGUAGUUGCAGAGAUGAUGGAUAAACAUUGGUUAGAGUUAACUUAUCUGAUGCACAUAUUGAUGAACAUAAGACAUUCAAUAAUCUGA